AAAGUUUUCUCAGUCUGUUUUCUACACAAGACUUGUAGUCUGUAUGCAUUGUGCCUCCAUCUAAAAAUACACAGGCAGUGAGAAACAGUGCAAUAUCAUUUUGUGAAUAUCAUUGACAAGGAGAGAUUUAGUACUCUACAAUUAGAUGCUAGUCAGGCUGUUUAUUUGCAGAAACAGUUACUAUGUGGAUAAAGGCAAUGAAAGAAAAACGGACAGGCCAGAAGAUAGUACAUAGCAGACAUCAGCCAUAGAAACAAUUCCAUCCAGCUUACAAGUUGGGUAACAUUGUCAGGCGUUUCCUAUAAUAGAAUUUCUACAUUCUCCAACAUAAAGAAGACGAGGUCAACUUUGUUUUGGUUGUUGAAGUCACCAUAGUUAUCAAGAUGGCAGAAGGAGGUUGUGCCAAAUGUUCUCGGUUAAUGUUGGUUAUAUUUAACUUCAUCUUCUGGAUAUCGGGAGGAGCUGUUUUAGGAACUGGUAUAUUUAUCCUAGUAUCGGAUGAAUUAGAGAGUUUUCUAGCCACAUUAAUAGAUAUGGAUAUACCGUUAGAAUUUCUCUAUACGGCAGCUUAUAUAAUGAUAGCAGUUGGAGCAUUUGUAUUUAUAGCCGGCUUCUGUGGAUGUUGUGGUGCUGUUAGAGAAAGUUCUGUUAUGUUGGGAAUAUAUAUAUUCUGUAUGGUUAUUGUGAUGUUAGGAGAAUUAGCAGCAGGGAUAUAUGUAGCUGUUGAAAAGGGUAAUUUGGAAAAAAAUGUACAUGAUGUUAUUUCUGAUAGUGUAAGAAAUUAUACAGGAAUGGGUAACUCUACUGUAGAUUUUCUUCAAGUUAAGUUACAUUGCUGUGGAGCUGAUAAUUUUACUGAUUAUCGUUCAAGUUAUUGGUAUACAUCACAUACCCAAGCACUUCAGGAGUAUGUACCAGAAACAUGUUGCAAAGGUCUUGGUACUGAUGCCCAAAAUUAUGUGCCAUUUAAUAUAGGAUUAUGUCAAGAAGAGGCUCAACCGGGAAGUCUUAUACCCAGUGAUAAACGAGAAGAACUGCGAUCAAAAGGAUGUUUUCCAUCUAUAAUGGAUUGGUUAACUAGUCAAAGUGUAAUACUGAUAGGAGUUGGUGUUGGUAUAGCUUUAAUACAGGUUUUAGGUAUCAUAUUUGCUGUGUGUCUUUGUCGGAAUAGAACUGAAUAUUAUGAUAUGUGAUUGAUAUGAAUUGUUUGAUGUGUUUAUUCAAAGGAUUGUUGGAUUCCAUUGGUGUGCAAUUACCAAAAUCACUUUCUGUUUUAAGAAAUCAGCUUGAAUUUAGUUCAUUCUUGAAGUGUCUCACUUUUAUUCACAUUUGAAAAUCUUGACUUAUAUGAUGUGAGAUCAGGAUUUGGGAUAUACUGAAAGGACGAGUAUGAGCAGGACAUAGAUGCUUUAGCUAUAUUCUAGACAUCUUAUUAGGCUUUCAUUUUUCUUCCCUCUUGUGUUGAUUGUAAUAUGCAGUAUUAUAUUAACAUGUGACUUUAAGGUGUGUUUGGUAGCUCAAUAUCCACAUCUGGACACUGUUAUGUACAUAAGUUAACCCUGUUACAAAGAUGUGAUCAAUUAUUUUAUUUUGAGGUUCAGCAUCAUAUGUAGUUUAAUAUUCAUAUAGUGCAGCAUCAGAGAAUAAUUAUGAAAUUAACCAGAGAUAAAUAAAUGAACAAAGACUUUG